AUGACCGUACCCGCGCCGCAAGAGCUUGUGUCCCCUGCAAAAGCUCGAAGAGGCGGUGCGAUAAAAACCUACCGUGCUUUUCGUGUCUCGCGACGGCCGGGAAAUCAAAGAACAUCGGGACGAUCACCAGAUAUUAUCAUUAGAAAUGCUAAAUCCUCGACUUCGACACAUCUGCGGUCGGAGCCACAAUCUUCCCUUGAGGAUAGUGCCGUCCAAUCCUCUCGGCAGGAGAUUCAUGCGGCUUCCACUCGGCAUCCCGAGUCACUAGUGGACCCCCUUUUUGCAGGCGAGAGCACCACUAAUAUCACCAGUACACGUGCCAGUACUCGUGAAUCUUCACCAUUUCAACGUUCGACGAUGUUACGGAGCUCUCAAGGUGAACAAGUCUAUAUCGGCAACAUUGCUGCUAUUUCGUUCCUUCGCUUUCUUCAAACUACGCUCAAACGUUACAUAGGAACUUCGGUUUUUACCGAACGUCAGGAGAGUAAUGUGAUGUUGGAAGUGGAGGUAUCCAGGAACAACAGCCCAUUCGAAGAUGAUUUGGAUCUUGCAGAAAAGCAAAAUUUAAUCGCAUGCUUCAUGAGAGUGUCGAAUGGUAUUCUUCACCUCUUUUCACAAAAUGAUAUAUCGAGGUUGUUAAACAUCAAGAUUGAUGCUACCAAUUCAUCUUCAAGCUCUAGCUCCCAGCGCGAAGACCUCGCGUGUCUUUUUCUAAUGCUAGCAAUAGGAGCUCAAUCUCGAGGCAAGGAUCCGCUCGAGAUUCAACUUGCGAAAAGGUAUUUUGCGCAGGCCCAGCAGAUGGCGUUCCUGGACAUGCUAGAAAAUCCAUCGCUAUGCAUGGUCAAGCUGUUUCUACUAAUGGCCAUGUACAUGCUAGGGGCCUGUCGUAGAAACACGGCCUUUAUGUAUAUUGGCAUUGCCUCGAAAUCUGCAACUAUCCUUGGGCUACACGUUCCAUAUCAACAUUCUCGGGUAUCCUCUGACGAACGUGCUGCUAGGCGCCGUAUAUGGAUGAGCUCACGCGUGCUUGAUCUUUUGUGUAGCUCCAUUCUUGCACGUCCCAGCAGCAUACCAUCAAUAGAGAGAGACGAAUACGAGAUUGAUAGUUCCAACCCCGAAGAUAUGGACCAUCGAACAUUAGCUCUUUACGCAACCUAUGAAUCGUCUUCUAUCAUCGAAACAAUCGUAAAAAAGUUCGCAGAAUCCAGCAGCGUAGACAUCCAUUCGGCCGAUACUUAUCUUCAAAUGUUGCGAGAAUGGAGCCAGGCUCUACCUUCUGCACUUCGUAGCUCUCCCGACUCCGCGUCCGAGGAGGAAUAUUGUGAGACUACAAUCGGCAACAUUCAUGUUUCUUGCACGUACUAUCUAGGCAUAAUGAUGGUGACCCGGCAAUUUUUGAUUUCCCAUGUUAUGUCUCAGCUACGGAAGAAUAGCUCGAACAAGUCUAGAAGAAAUAUCGAGGUACCGGCGACAAGUGCUGGCGAAAGAGAGAAAAUCGUUCAGUUUUCAGAUGCUUGCGUACAGUCUGCUCAUCUAAUGGUACAGCUCUGCUACGAAGCACACCUCAAUAACGUUCUCCUCGACAACAUGUGUAUCCUUAAAGCUUGGCUUUUCUCCGCAGGACUCGUCCUCGGCUUCUCCCUCCUUGUAGAAGGCGAAAUUCCCACUCAUAUUCACGAAUCUUUCGAUCGCGCUUGCACCGUACUUAUGAGGCUUGCACGAUUAAGUCCCCAGGCAGAACAAUACCAUGAUAUACUGUGUCGAUUUCACACCGCGAUCGAGUUGUACCGGCAACAGUUACUUAAGGCACAGAAAGAAAGUAACAAUUUGUAUGUUGAGAAGAUCAUGACUUUCGAGUCUUUCAGUAGAGGACCCAGUGAGGGGGGUUCUAACACUGAAUUCCGGUCGCAGUUACAGUCGCAACCUAUACCCAUGAAUGAGCAGACAAUGUUUGACGAAGUGGAGGGACAAGGAGAUUUGGCAGAAAUGUACGCCAUGGAUUUCUUCGGCAUUGAGAAUGAAAUCCAGAUGUGUGAUGCUCAGAUUGGGUAUGAUACGGGGGUUGCGGCUGAUCUAAGGUGGCUGUGCUAUGCCGCAGGUCCUGCUUGA